CAAGAAGCCUGGUGGAAAGGUAGCAAUUAGCAAUGGCUGGUUUAGAGCGUUUCCUUUCAAGACCAAACAUGCGUGGGCUUUUUGCUGGAUUAAAAGCUGGCCGGGUUCUUAUACCCGGGUCAGGUAUUCAACAAAGAGCAACUUACAUCCAUGGCAAACCGCCCAAAGAUAAAAUAGGCGCUGUCCAAUCUGCCUUUGUCUUGAUGGUGAUGUCUCUGGCCAUCCUCGGGCCUUCUGGUUGGAUUCUUUCCCGCCUAGACCAUUACAAAACCCGUGACUGAUGGAGGACGUCCCAGGAGCAGCCGUUACACCUGUGCUUGCCCUUAAAAGAGCAUAAUUUCAGAUAUUUCAGUCGUUGCUGAGAUAAUAAAUUUAGGUUUCUCAGUUGUA